AUGGAUGCCAAAAGUUUAAUUGAAAACCUCAAGACAGAACUCACUUGCCCCAUUUGCCUGAGCUACUUCACAGAACCAGUGACAGUCAAAUGUGGCCAUAGCUUUUGCAUAGAGUGUCUUCUCCACUGCAAGGAGGGAGCUGAUGAAACAUUAACCUGCGCAGAGUGUAGAGGAACCAUUGAAUACAGUCAGUUAGUCCCCAACGAGAUCUUGCAGAAACUGUCCAUCACUGGGAAAAAUGUCAGACCUCAUUUACUGCAGAGCAUGGUGGGUCUGACCAUCUGUGAUCAACACGGGGAAAAAGAGAAGAUUUUCUGUGAGGAAGACCAGAGACUUCUCUGUGAUUCCUGCUUAUUAUCCACAGAGCACAAGGAUCACCAAGUCCUUCCCUUAGAAAUGGCUGCUGAGAGGUGUAAGGAGAAGCUCCAGAAGACAAGAAAUAUCUUACAGAGAAGAGAGGAGGAAUUUAAAAUGGCUCUGGACAGUGUGAGAAAUACAAAGGCACAGUAUAAGAAGGAUAUACACGCUCUUAAACAGUCAGUUAUAUAUGAGUAUAAGAAAAUGCACCAGUUCUUACUGGAAGAAGAAAAUCUACAAUUGCAAAGAUUAGACCAGGAAUCCAGAGAUAACCUGGAUAAACUUGAGGAGAACAAAGCCAAACUAUCACAACAAAUCCAAAAACUGCAACAAAUGAUACUAGAAAUAGAGGAGAAUUUGGACAAGGAAGCACUGGAAAUGCUCCAAGAUGCGAAAGACACCUUGAAAAGGAAUGAAGAGCUGACGUUUCAAGAACCAGAAGUUACUUCCCCAAAUUGGACCACCUGUUCUAUCACUGGCUUGAGAAAAAUGCUCAUGAACUUCCAUAGGGAUAUAACCCUGGACCCUGAAACAAUGAAUCCUCAUUUCAUCCUGUCUGAAGAUAUGAAGGGUGUUUUGUAUGAAAGAGUCACCCAGAACUUGUCUAACAAUGAAGAAAAUUUGGACUAUGCUAUUAAUAUAUUGGGGACCCAGACUUUCAACUCAGGCAAACAUUAUUGGGAAGUGGAAGUGGGGUAUCAGACAGAGUGGGAAGUGGGUAUCUGUGAAAUCAACAGAGAGGCGACACACUCCAAAAUAUUUGAGAAGAUAAAAACCCUAUUUGGCUUCAGAUUUGGAAGUAAUUUCUUUCUCUGGAAUUCACAAGAUGGCUAUCAUGCAAGUCAGUCUAUAAAUAGGGUGGGUAUUUUCCUUGAUUUUGAGAAAGGCUAUAUUGCAUUUUAUGAUGCAAUAAGAAACUCUCUUAUUUACAGUCCCCCAAAUAUUGCUUUUCAAAAACCCCUUUGCCCUUACUUUUCUCUUUGCCUUUCUAAUGGAAUAAGUAAUUAUGGGCAUCUCAUUGUCUGCCCCAAGGACUAA